GACAACUUGUAGCUCUCAAAGCAUUGUCGGUAGUAUGUUUGCAGCCUAUCCUAAAUCAUCAGAUUGUCAGGUUCUAACACCCACUAACCCUAACCCUUAAAUGCCAAGCCAGCCAAGAUCCCCGCGGCCGGCACUCGCUUGCAACGGGCGGGCCGCGUGAGCUCACUUUGGAAGGUCGUCAGUUUGGCAGUUUGCGCCCAGCAUCCAACUUGGACAUUCUCCGUCGCUUGCUAACCCGCUUUUAACGACCGAUGGCUGUCUUGUCACAUUGGGAAUCAGCGAUGUGAGGACACCACGUACAUUAAUGUACCAUUACUGUUUGCUUUCGACCUCGGCGAGCUAUGAACGAUGAUCCGGGCUCGAGCUCCACGGCCCGCCCCAACACCAACACCACAGACCCAGAUCACUCCGAAGGGUCCACGACAGAGGCCAGCAGUAGGAACGAUGGCCAGUCCAGCGACUCUGAGGUCAAGAAUAAGCAACGGGUGGGCUUGGCCAAGAAGCUCGAGUUCGUGACACACCUUCAGAGGAGUCUCGACAUGCUGGUCUGGUCGUAUAUGUGCACACUAUACUACAUGGAAUGCUCCCUCUCCCGACUCAUAAUCCGCGGCCUUCCCCACCUCGCCUUCCUCUCCCCAAAAGAAGGCCUCCUCCUGCCUGCUCAGCGUCCACAUCUCUUCGCCAUCUUCCUCCCAGCUUUUUUCUGCAUACUCUUCCAUCUCGUCCUCUCCCUCCCCGUCGCAGGCGAAGCAACGCGAGGAUACCUCCAGGGCGGUGUCCUAAUCGACUUCAUCGGCCAACACCCGCCCAAAACCCGACUGACCUUCCUCUCCAUUGACAUCACAAUAUUCCUCAUACAAUGCCUCAUGCUCGCCGUCCACCAGGACCGCGAGCGCCUCAAAAAAGCAGUCUUCCCCUCGCUGAGAACUAUCAUCCCCGGCGACGAGGCGCAACUAGAUGUCCCCCCGGCAAUAGCGCAGGACCACGACGCGGAAGAGAGAGGGGUGCUAAGCGACCAGACAUUUAUGGUGGAUAACGAAGGGAUCGAACUGCGGCCGCUCAACCAAUCUGGGAGGGAAGGAGAUAAUGACAAUGAUAAUGACGAACGAGAAAGGAUGGGAUCGGGGCCGUAUGCCUCUGUGACGACAACGGUGGACAUGAUAGAUAUCAUGCGGUCUGGCAACGCGGUGCUGGGGAAUUUCCACGUUGUGAAUGCCGUCAGGACGGUGGGAAGCGGGGUACAGAAUACGGCAGCGUACUCGUUGCGAAGUUUUGGUUAUAACGCUACUCUUGCAGCUUUGGCGGCUGAGAGGAGGAGCAGGCUGGUUAGGUUGCGGCAGCCGGGAACGGCGACAACAUUGCCAACAUAAUAGAUGUCUAACUAAUACAAUAAAAAAGCGAGCGGA